GGGAGGAGGAGGAGCGGCUGAGGGCGGGGCGGGCCCAAGUAGGCCGGGCUUGGGCGCCGGCGGUAGUAAGUAAGCAGGCAGGCAGGGCCGAGAGAUAUGCGGCAAGGGCUCUCCCGGCUUCUCUGCGUCUCCUCAGCCAGGCUCCGCUGCCCUCUCCCUCCUCCGAAGUCUCCCUCAGGCCUUUCCUCCUUCGUCCCUUCGCGGUGCCUCAGCAACAGCAGCAACAAACAGCCUUCCUUCCUGACUGGACUUCAACAAGACAUGGACAACAAAGUGAAUGAUCCUGCUCUUAAAAGAGUGGCACUUGAUGUUAUCAAGUCACCCGAGGAUAAACGAGAGUAUCGUGGGCUAGAAUUGGCAAAUGGCAUUAAGGCAAUGCUUAUUAGUGACCCCACAACAGACAAAUCUUCAGCUGCACUUGAUGUACACAUAGGUUCAUUGUCUGAUCCCCCUAAUAUUGCUGGGUUAAGCCAUUUUUGUGAACAUAUGCUGUUCUUGGGAACUGAAAAAUACCCCAAAGAAAAUGAAUACAGCCAGUUUCUCAGUGAACACGCAGGGAGUUCAAAUGCUUUUACAAGUGGAGAGCACACCAAUUAUUACUUUGAUGUAUCACAUGAACAUUUAGAAGGUGCCCUGGAUAGAUUUGCCCAGUUUUUCUUGUGUCCUCUGUUUGAUGAAAGCUGCAAAGACAGAGAGGUUAAUGCUGUUGAUUCUGAGCACGAGAAGAAUUUAAUGAACGAUGCUUGGAGGUUGUUUCAGCUAGAAAAGGCAACUGGAAAUCCCAAUCAUCCUUUCAGCAAAUUUGGCACAGGAAACAAAAUCACUUUGGAAACUAGACCAAAUCAAGAAGGAAUAGAUGUAAGGCAAGAACUGCUGAAGUUUCAUUCAACUUAUUAUUCAUCAAAUUUAAUGGCUGUCUGUGUUCUAGGACGAGAAUCUCUAGAUGAGCUAACCAGUUUGAUAGUAAAGCUAUUUUCUGAAGUAGAGAACAAAAAUGUUCCAUUACCAGAUUUCCCUGAACAUCCUUUCCAGGAGGAACAUCUUCGGCAACUGUACAAAGUGGUACCUAUUAAAGAUAUUAGAAAUCUUUAUGUCACAUUUCCAAUACCAGACCUUCAGAAGUACUAUAAAUCUAACCCUGGCCAUUAUCUUGGGCAUCUUAUUGGGCAUGAAGGUCCAGGAAGUCUUUUAUCAGAACUGAAAGCUAAAGGCUGGGUAAAUACAUUGGUUGGAGGUCAAAAAGAAGGUGCUAGAGGCUUCAUGUUUUUCAUCAUUAAUGUUGAUCUUACCGAAGAAGGACUUUUACACGUGGAAGAUAUCAUUUUGCACAUGUUUCAGUAUAUACAAAAGCUACGUACGGAAGGACCUCAAGAAUGGGUUUUUCAAGAAUGCAAGGACCUAAAUGCUGUCGCCUUCAGGUUUAAAGAUAAGGAAAGACCGCGAGGUUAUACAUCAAAACUUGCAGGGAUGCUGCAUUAUUAUCCCAUUGAAGAAGUUCUUGCAGCUGAAUAUUUACUUGAAGAAUUUAGGCCUGACCUAAUAGAAAUGGUAUUGGAUAAACUGAGACCUGAAAAUGUCCGGGUUGCAAUAGUCUCUAAGACUUUUGAAGGAAAAACCGAUAAAACAGAGCAAUGGUAUGGAACCCAGUACAAACAAGAAGCAAUUUCUGAUGAAGUCGUUAAGAAAUGGCAAAAUGCUGACCUUAAUGGAAAAUUCAAGCUCCCAAUGAAGAAUGAAUUUAUUCCUACUAACUUUGAAAUAAUACCUUUAGAGAAGGAUGCACCACAGUACCCUACUCUUAUUAAGGACACUGCUAUGAGCAAACUGUGGUUCAAGCAAGAUGAUAAAUUUUUCUUACCCAAAGCUUGUCUCAACUUUGAAUUUUUCAGUCGCUACCUUUAUGCUGACCCUCUCCAUUGCAACAUGACAUACCUGUUAAUCAGGUUAUUGAAGGAUGAUUUAAAAGAGUAUACAUAUGCAGCACGCCUCUCAGGUUUGGUCUAUGCCAUUGCAUCAGGAAUGAAUGCAAUACUUCUAUCUGUGAAGGGUUACAAUGACAAGCAGCAUAUCCUACUGAAGAAGAUUGUUGAGAAAAUGGCCACCUUUGAGAUUGAUGAAAAAAGAUUUGAAAUUAUCAAGGAGGCGUAUAUGCGAUCACUUAACAACUUCCGAGCUGAACAGCCCCACCAGCAUGCCAUGUAUUACCUUCGGCUAUUAAUGACAGAAGUUGCCUGGACCAAAGAUGAACUAAAAGAAGCCUUAGAUGAUGUCACUCUUCCCCGCCUCAAGGCCUUUAUUUCUCAGCUGUUGUCACGGUUACAUAUUGAAGCACUUCUCCAUGGCAAUAUAACAAAACAGGCUGCGCUAGGAAUGAUGCAGAUGGUUGAAGACACUCUCAUUGAGCAUGCUCACACAAAACCCCUGCUUCCCAGUCAGCUAGUACGAUACAGAGAAGUGCAGCUGCCUGACAGAGGUUGGUUCGUCUAUCAACAGAGGAAUGAAGUUCAUAAUAAUUGCGGCAUAGAAAUAUAUUAUCAAACAGAUAUGCAAAGCACCUCAGAGAAUAUGUUUUUGGAACUUUUCUGUCAGAUUAUCUCAGAGCCUUGCUUCAAUACCCUGCGGACUAAGGAGCAGUUAGGGUACAUUGUGUUCAGUGGUCCACGAAGAGCUAAUGGUAUCCAAGGACUGCGAUUUAUCAUCCAGUCAGAAAAGCCUCCACACUAUUUGGAGAGCAGGGUUGAAGCUUUCUUGAAAACCAUGGAGAAAUGUGUAGGAGAGAUGUCAGAAGAAGCAUUUCAAAAGCAUAUCCAGGCUUUAGCAAUUCGUCGCCUUGACAAACCAAAGAAACUGUCUGCCGAGUGUGCAAAAUACUGGGGAGAAAUAAUUUCUCAGCAAUAUAACUUUGACAGAGAUAACAUUGAAGUGGCAUUUCUCAAAACUCUUACAAAGGAUAACAUAAUGCACUUUUAUAAGGAUUUGUUGGCAAUAGACGCUCCAAGAAGGCAUAAAGUAUCUGUACAUGUAUUAGCAAGGGAGAUGGAUUCAUGUCCUGUUGUGGGAGAAUUUCCAUGCCAAAACGAUGUAAACCUGGCACCAGCACCAGCACUGCCACAGCCAGACGUGAUUCAGAAUAUGACGGAGUUCAAACGCAGUCUACCCCUCUUCCCUCUGGUGAAACCUCAUAUCAAUUUCAUGGCUGCAAAACUGUGAAGACAUGCUGGGCGAAGAACUGGAAGUGGAUCAUUCUUGUGUGACUGCAGUGGGUUUUCAUAAUGAGCAAGCUUCUUAAAUUGUUAUUCGGACAAACUGUCCAAUAUGAGAGUCCCUGAUUCCUUCUAAGUUCAUUCAGCAUAAAUGGUGUGAUAAGGAUCCAGCAAAUUAGGCAAAUAGGCCGUAGUCAUAUGUCAUGUUUAUUGUAGAGCCUCUCUUGGAGACCCAAAUCAAAUGGUAUAUUCAAAGGUCUGUGUAGGUAUGGUAUAUUUAACAAUAGUGUGGCCCUUCAACAAUUUUGUUUGCAAAAUGGAAAAUGAAGAAGUGUUCUGAACAGGCUGGUUUUACUUUAAAGGCUCUUACUUUUCCUACAAAUGGUCAUUAAGAUUAAACAUUUGGGGAGUUUAUUUUAUUGGAUGUGGAAAAACAAAGCAUUAUUAAAAGACACAUAGUGAUAUUUUUAAUGAGAGAGCAUGGAAUGGAAUUUUUAUUUUAAAAAAAUGAUCCUCAGAUGCAACCAAGUACUUUGGUUCUGCAAAAAAUCUGAUGAAAUUAGUAAAAUGCCAACAGAUGUCUUCAAUAUAAGAGGAAUUGAUAGGAUAUACUUCUAAUCUUUAUACACAAUUGAGGAUGUUUUAUAUUCAGACUAGUAAAAUGCUGGAAACACUUGGGUAGCCAUCUUUUUCUUACUAAGAGUUAUCUUCUGUUAUAGCCCUUGCAUUUUCUCAGGGUUACUCAGAUAAUCGCGAAUAAUAUUUCUUUUUAUUUACAUAAAUGGAUUGUUUUUCUUCCAAUUGUUCAUGUACUGAUUUAGAUCUCUUUUGGGCUGAUCUCACUUUAUUCAGAAUGAGUAACCUGCCAAAAUGUGGCAGUGGAUUUUAAGAGAUAUUUAAACUGUGGACAUGAGACAUACUUCCAUGCUGGUAGAUACAACUGAGAUCUUAGCAUUUGUCACCAAAACACAGCUAUGCCUGAAUCCCAGAGCUGCAUCAUUUCCAUGUCCGGCACUAGUUAUACUUCUUACAACAUCAGAAUAAUGGUCCCACAAAGUAUAGCACCUAAAUGCAUCAUAAUCCUCAUCUACUGUUCUUUUUAAAAUCUUGAUGAAAGUUUUCAAGGUAUACAGACAUCUGUUUCAGCCUUCAGUACUAAAAAUGAGGAAGACAAUGUACAACUACAUUGUUAAAUCAUGUCAGCAAUUACAUAUUACAAUAAUGAUACAACAUGAAAUAGAACCAUAAUUUUUUUUAAUCACUGACUUAAUGCUUAGCCGUUGUCAUCUUCUAAAACUUCAUGUAUCCAAAAUGCCAGUCAUAGCACAAAAUGGCAGCCGAUUCAGGAUACAAAACAGCAGACUUAAUGGCAAUUGUUUUCUUGGAAUACAGCACAACUAAAAAAGCUUUGUAUGCAAAAUUUUAAAAAUUAAAAUAAUAACAUAGGUUUCAAUCUCUUUUUUUCAGUUUUCAGUCUAUAUUGAAUGACAGCUAUGCCACUAAAAGCACAUAGAAAAUGAUCAGGUGCUGACAAGUUCAUCAGAAUUAUUUGGGGGAGAAAAACACUUACUGAUGUAGCAUUUUUUCCCCAGAUAUUUACUCUCCUUAAGUUCAUUACAUAUAUUCAAAGGUCCAGACAUUCAAAACAGGAGGAUCCAUCAGGAAAAAAAACAAAACAUGAUGGAUUUCUAGACCCAGCUUGCCUUUCUAAGAGAAAUUGUGCCUCUUUUGAAGUCUGACCUGUGUAGUACUUACUGUAUACAGUGCAUUGAUUACCACCUUUGUCUAAUCUGGCUGUAUUAUGGUGGUUUUGGUUGUCCCACCCACUCAUCUCAUCAUGCAUUGUUUGCCUUGUUAAUUCACAGAAGAAGAAUGUCAUCUUCCUGAAAAUAGCAGAGAUGUGAUGCCCAAGUAGGAAAUAAACAGCCACACUUAGGACACAGACUUGACCUGUUUUAUCUUGUAGUAGAAAAUGUUACAUCGCUGCUUGAUUUCACCCUGUUAAGUUUGAAAACCUCUCCCAGCUCUUACAGCAAGAAGAGGGCUAUUGAAAGACAGAACUAGGCCAAGAUUUCUCCAGGGUUUGUCUAUGUGUAUGUGUGUGUGCUGCUGAAGGUCAGCCUUUCAUGCCUCACAAGUUCAGUAUUCAUUAUGGCUGUCUUUAUGGUAAAGAGGUUAUCUGAUGGGUAACAGGCUUUUUUCAACAACAACAAAAAUAUUUUGACAGUAUGCUGAGCAAUGGAUGGACGUCUUCACCCAUUGACAAGUGACAUAAUGUAUUGAAAUUGCCACGCACUCCAUGGAUUUGUACUCUGAAUUUGGAUGCUGUCGUAUGAUUACGUUGCGAUGUUUAAAUAAACAUGUAGUUUUAUUUAUGGGAACGCAAGUCUUGGCAGGAGAAUCAGGGAUUAAUCAUGCGAGUAUUGUUCACAUGUCAAAUCAAAGGAUUGGUGCUGAGGAGGGAAUCUGCUGAAAAAUUAUACUGCACCAAGCAAGGAAGAGUGAUACAGAAGCAGUGCUUAGAAACUGUUGAUAUGAAGACUGUACCAAGAAACUUUUGAUUCAUCUCUGAAAGGACAAUUUGUCACAAAUAGAUCCAGUCAUUUUUAAAAGUCACUCCAAUCUUUCUUUAGUGGAGGUGUGAGAAUCGGUGACCUUCCAGAGGUAAUAGUUUGGACUCUAGCUGCUGACACGUCCUUCAUUCCGCCCUCAUGACCAAAAGUCAGGAUUGAUGGGAAUGAUAUUCUAGUGAUUUCUGGAGUUCUGUAGGUUCCUCGCCCCUGUUCAGGAGAACAUUCAAAGUCCUGAUGCUGUCAGCUUUUGUGAAAAUGUUUUUUGUGGAGAAAAUGUUUUUUUUUUUCUCAAAACAAUGUUCCAAAACAAUGAUUACAGAAUUAUUCAGGAUCUUUUAAUGGAGGACCGGAAUAAAUUCAUUGGAAAACAUGUUGUUUUACAAUGAUGUUACCAUCUGUUAGCAAAAAAACCCCAAUCACCAUGUCUUUACAUAUGAAAUCUUAUCAGAGUUAACUUUACAAUUGUAUUCUCUUUCUCCCAAAUGUUCAGCAGAUUUUUUUUUAUUUUGUGUGUCUCCUUGCUUUGUUCAAAAUAACCUUUAUAGCUGUUUUUAAUGAGAGAACUGGAAUGCACAUUUCAAAAUUUUGAGAUUUGAUAUUUCAGUAAAUAGAGUAGUCAAGAACUAUGAGCAACUGAUAGAGCAAAUCAGUUUAUGAAAUAAAAGAUAAUUCUUAAUUUAUUCAAGUAACUCAACACUGAGUUUAUAUUAUAACUUGCACAAUCACAUCAGAUGAUUCCAGCGCAGGAGAAAACAUUUUAUAUUGCAAGCAUAAACCACAUAGCAGGUAACUGGUUUUCAAUUAGAUUGGCAGACUUUUAAAGUGAUUUUUCAAUUUGCAGAAAAUAAAUGUUUGCCAGCCUAAUAUUAAAUAUUGGUGCUAGGAUUAUAAGAUAACACAGACAAUGCUUCCUUCUUUGUGAUGGCACAUUCGCAUUGUAUGCACCGAAUAGUCAUAUUUGUUCUUCUGAAGAAAUGAUGAGUGUGGAACCUGGGCCCUAGAGAUGGCCGUACAGACAUGCAAAAAAAAAAAAAAAAAAGCCCUGUGGAUGCACACAAUGUUUGCUGAAGUGGCAGGCAUUUAGUGCUGAAUAGGAUGCUACUCUGAAAGGCGAGAUAUCUUUUUGGGAAGGACCAGGAGGAGGAGCGCUGAAGAGGUCCCAAUAUGCUGACAUCACUUUCCCUGUGAUCUCUUUCCUCCCACAUUUUUACUGCCUGUAUUCCAUACGUUAAUGGAGUGCCCUUGAUAAACCAUCAAUAAUACGAUAAGCCUUAUUUAAAAAAUACCAUGAAUUCAGCAUGUCCAUGUGCUAGGAACAUUAUGUGUCUAUUAGCAAUAUUCAGUUUCUUUUUUUUAAGUGUUCUCCAGCAUUUUAUAGUUUGAGUUUGGUAGAACAAUGCAGUUUGAUAACUCAGGCAUAUCAGUGGAUUCUCUUCAGUAGAUCCAAAGCUGCAGUGUCAACAAGCAAUAAUAGACUACCUAGAGUACACUGUAAUUCCAUUUUAGUGCUUGUUAACAACGUUUGUGUAACCAACCAUCAAUUAUGACUAGAUUACUGUAAUUUUUGCAAGUGCUAUUUUGAGCAGUUGAUGUGGAAUUGGGUGCAUGUUGACAUAGUAUGGCGGGGUGUUUGUCAUACUCUUGACAAUAAACAAUCUGAAUACAA